CUCGCCCCUCGCCCCAUCCUAUCCCAAUAACAAUGGGCUGUAAGGAGGAGCCAUCAAUGUCAACCCGUGUAGUUCGCUUUGUUGCCUCCGACGGGCAAGUUGGACUGGAGCAGGAGCAGAAGCAGGAGCAGGAUCGGGUUAACCCGCCUAUUGUCCCAGCUGUCUGCUGUCCAAAUCCCCGGUUCCCUAUAGGCAUGUGCUCAUCCGUUGGCCUGGUCGUCGAGGGCAUUCCGCUGGGCAGUGGCCGCCAGUUUGCUCCCCGGUUGUCUAUGAAAAAGGAGUACAACACCAGGUGCUUUCGACCGGAACGCUAUCGUCACGAGGUGGCCAAUCACUAUAGGGACUAUAAGCUGCAGCAGCAUCUCCACCAGCAGCAGCUGGGAUCUGGAGCCGGAUCCUUGGGCCAUCGGCGUCACAGGAGGCGAAGGCGUCAGUUUUUCGAACGCACGGUGGAGGCAUCUCAAGUGACCGCCUCAUUAGCGUCGGGAUAUGCGCAGUUCCGCGAUGUGUGGCCAACCCAUGUGCACUACUUUCCCAGAUCCGACGAUACUGCGUAUGCGUCCCGUGGCCGACGGACAGUGUGCUCCGGAGCGCCGCCCGACGACACCUACAACGACGCAGUGCGUCGCAUAAGAAGCGCCCACAGUUGCGAGCAGCUGCGUCACCUGGUCCACCGGAUUCCAUGGCGAUGGAACACCGGCGGCAAUGAUGACCUGCCGCCAGUGGCCCCCGCGCACGGAAGCCAAACUAAUCAUAAGCUAAAUAUUAAUAAGCGCACCCCGGCGGCGGAAGAAAGCCCACAACAGCAGCAGUUCGCAGCAACAGCGCCUCAAGUGGACUUCUACGGCUAUUUGCAACUGGCCAGCGGCUAUUACGAGCGGGGGUUGCAGGCCAACAUCAAGUACCUGCAAUCGAUUGGCCAGCGGCAGCGGCAGUGUCGUAAUGCAAUAAGACCAUCGCCGGCGAGCUUAUUCUCCGAUUCGGACGCAGUGCAGCACGGCGAGAGUCCGGUGCGAAAGCUGACCGGUCGACUGGUGCAGCUGCUCAAGAGCUUGCGACGCAGAACGGUCAAGGAGGUGGCGGACAGACCGGGCAUUUGGGUGAACAUAAGAGCGGUCAAGCGAGGGGAGCAGCAGCAGCAGCAGCAGCAGGAGCAGGAGCAGGAGCAGGAGCUGGACUUUGACUCGAACUCAGAGGAGGAGGAGCUAAACGAGGAGGAGACAGCAGGGGGUUCGACGGCUAGCAUGUGUGAUUAUUAUGCUCUUGGCUAUACAACUACGGAAUCCGGAGGAGCAUCAGCCAGUGCAGCCACCGAAGCCACAUUCGUAGCCCAAGCCCAAGCCACAACCACAAGCACAUUCACACCCACAUCGACAUCGACAUCCACAUCCACAUCCGCCGAUCAACGACGUCUGUACGAGAUCAUCGACAAUCUGAGCCACCUUGGCAUCGGCGACACCAGCAGCAAUAGCAGUAGUAGCAAUCGCAGGCAACAACUGACGCUGACGCUGCCCCAGAUCACGCUCACCGACUGUACCGCUCAACAGGUGGCGCUAUACAGCGCCAGCUUCGACAUUGUCACACUGCAGAUACCCAACGAAGCCAGACCACCGAACCUCAAAGCCUGAA